AGUUUCACUCACUGAAACUGCGGUCCAAAUACUUGAAAUCAAUCUUGAAACAUGUGAAAAUAGGGUUUCUUGCGGGCCAAAUCGUCUAGCAGGCCGGAUUUGGCCCUUGGGCCGGAUUUUGCCGACCCCUGCUUUAGAUCAAGAACCAAUAAUACCAACACUUUUCUCGGGGUUUUCACAUUAAUUUCAUAUUAAAGGAUAUUCAAUGAUUUUCGAGAUAUAUCGAUCUAAACCUGACCAAAUAAGCUUGUUACGCAUCACUGAGUAUUUUGCCAAAACGGAGAGAGACUUGAACGUGUGAAAAGAGAGAAUAAGUAGAAUAUGGGAAAAUGUCAGCAGCUAAAAUAAAUUAACAUAAAUAACAGUUAUUUCCACACAUGCACACCUUAGAGCAACUUGUCGCGACUUCAUGUUCACCGGACGCGUUCUCAACUUAAGUAUGAACCUAACGCAUUGCAAUGGCGAAGCAUGGCAACAAACCCCAUGUUAUGCGCAUGGUUUAUUCAGUAAGCUAAACCUUGUCGAGAAUAUGUCAUUCUCGACGAGGUUGUCUCCGCGAAAUGUCUAGCUCAUGGGUUCGUUAGUGUGCGUUCCGCAGUAGAGAACUAUUGCUUGCACCGUCAAGAUGUUCUGUUCAUUAUUUGCAUGUCUCGGGUUGUAUGCUGGUGCAAUUUGGUUGUACGAAAAUCUUCGCACUCCUGUACUUCUGCUACUGAAAAGCCUCAAACAGUUAGUGUUCCGUCAGAAACUCAGUCAACGAUACGGCAAAUGGGCCGUUAUCACCGGUGCAUCGGAUGGCAUUGGUAAGGGUUACGCACAUUAUCUCGCCCGACAGGGCAUGUCAAUUGUGUUGGUAGCCCGUAAUGAAGCCAAACUCGCAAAAGUGGCAGCCGAAAUCAGCGCGAAACACGGUGUGGAAACGAAAAUUGUUGUGGCCGAUUUCUCCAAAGGUCCCGAAAUCUAUCCCCAUCUCGAGAAAACGCUCGUUCCGCUGGAUAUAGGCAUCCUGGUAAACAAUGUUGGUGUUACCCAAGGCACACCUAUGUACGUGGAGGAAGCAUCUCAGAAAGCGCUAUGGGACAUGAUCAAUGUAAAUGUGGCCGCUACAACACUGUUGUGCAAUAUCCUAGUGCCCUGGAUGAAAGACCGUCAACGUGGUCUUAUCGUAAACGUGUCCUCGAUUGCGUCGGUGAAUCCUUCGCCAUGUAUGGCGACUUAUGGCGCAUCGAAAGCUUACAUCACAAGCUUCUCGGUGGCUCUGCAAGAAGAGUUACGUCCGUUCGGUGUUGAGGUCCAAACAGUACGACCUUCCUUUGUCCACACCAAUAUGACGGAUUUCAUGGUAAAGGAUGUGAAGGAUACACGGUACCGAAAGUACCUGAUCCAUGUGGAUAAUUUCAUGGAGUAUGCGGGAUACACACUCGGUAAGGUCGACUUCACUACCGGUCACUGGUCACAUGGUCUCCAAUUUGCUGUUCUCUAUCUUUUGCCGGAGUUCUUACGAGUGUUCAUCAUUGGACAAAUUAACAAGAAGCUGCGAAAGGAAUUUCAUGUUCAAAAUCAGAUGAAAGUGCGAUAAGAGAAGAGAUCAGAGAUUAGAAUUUUAAAUUUAACCAGAAUGGAGAAUAAUGUCUCCUUCUUCAUGGAUGUGUUCAACCUGAAAAUAAAUUCUUCAAACACUCGAACAA